AUGGCUGCGGCGCGGGCGCUGAGGGACCCGGCGCAGGGCUGUGUGACCUUUGAGGACGUGACCAUUUACUUCUCCCAGGACGAGUGGGGACUCCUCGAUGAAGCUCAGAGACUCCUGUACUGCGACGUGAUGCUGGAGAACUUUGCCCUCAUCGCCUCUCUGGGUCUUACAUAUUUCAGGUCCCAUAUAGUUGCCCAGCUGGAGGCGGGGGCAGAACCCUGGGUGCCCGACAGGGUGGACAUGACUUCAGCCAUGGCAGGAGGGGCCUAUACUGGGCCUGAUCUUUGUCGUGGAACGAAGGGUGAGGAGUCACCUUCUGAGCACAGUGUUUCUGUAGAAGGAGUGUCACAGGCCGGGAAUCCCAAGGCAACUCUGUCCACCCAGAAGGACGGCCCCUGUGACGUGUGCGACCUAGACUUGAAAGAGCUUUUGCACCUGGCUGAUCGUCAGCCACCACCUCCCAGGCGGAAACCGUGCGUGCGGGGGGCAGGUGGGAGGAAGCCCGCGCGCAGGGCACACCUUCGCCAGCCCGAGAGGCAGCGGGCGGACACGGCUGUCAGAAGGGAGGAGGGCAGGGCCUCGCUUGCGAGGAGCCGCAGAGAUGACACGUCGGAGAGACCUUUCACAUUCGGGGAGGGUAGGAAGGACUUUGUGGCCAGAUCUGGCUUUCCCCAGCAUCCGCCCACUGACAGUGUGGGGGCGCCACACCAGUGCACCAACGGGGUGGGGGACUUUCACACUGACCAGAGCCAUAGCAGGUCCAGUGAACUUGGGGAUGGUCUCAGUGACAAACCCACAUUUGCUCAGCACCAGAGAACCCACACUAGAGAGAGGCCUUAUGAAUGCAGCAAAUGUGGGAUAUUUUUCAGCCACACCACUGGCCUCUUCCAACACCAGAGAGAUCACAAUAGAGGGAAGCCUUAUGAAUGCUGUGAGUGUGGGAAGUUCUUUAGCCAACACUCCAGUCUCAUUAAACAUCAGAGAGUUCACACCGGUGAGAGUCCUCAUGUGUGCAGUGACUGUGGGAAAUUCUUUAGCCGAAGCUCUAAUCUCGCUCAGCACAAGAGGGUUCACACGGGCGAAAAGCCUUAUGAGUGCAACGAAUGUGGGAAAUGCUUUAGCCAACGCUCCAACCUCAUUCAUCAUAAGAGGGUUCAUACUGGUAAAAGCGCUCAUGAGUGCAAUGAAUGUGGGAAAUCUUUCAACUGCAACUCCAGCCUAAUUAAACACUGGCGCGUUCACACCGGAGAACGACCUUAUAAAUGCAACGAAUGUGGGAAAUUCUUCAGCCACAUCGCCAGUCUCAUUCAGCAUCAAGUCGUUCACACUGGCGAACGGCCUUAUGGGUGCAGUGAGUGUGGGAAAGCCUUCAGCCGAAGCUCCGACCUCAUGAAACAUCAGAGAGUUCACACUGGUGAGCGGCCUUAUCAGUGCCCUGAAUGUGGGAAAUCGUUCAGUCAGAGCUCCAGCCUCAACAGCCAUCGGAGACUUCACACUGGUGAACGGCCUUAUCAGUGCCCUGAAUGUGGGAAAUUCUUUAACCAAAGCUCCAGCCUCAAUAACCACCGGAGACUUCACACUGGCGAGCGACCUUAUGAAUGCCUCGAAUGUGGGAAAACCUUCAGACAGAGGUCUAAUCUGAGGCAGCACCAGAAAGUUCACAAACCAGAUAGGCCGUAUAAGUGCAGUGAGUGUGACAAAACCUUCGGCCAAAGGGCUACCCUCCUUCGACAUCAUAAAAUUCACAGUAGAGAAAGGAGUGCGGAGGACAUGCUUCCUCCUUCAGCGCGACAGCACACACUGGAGGGAAACUCCGAGAGCAGCCUUCAUGGGGGAGCCAUCCUCCAGAAAUUGAACCUUGCUCGUCCAAAUAGUCACACUGGGGAGAUUCCCUACAAAUGCUAGAGACGUUGGAAGCUUUCUAGAGCCGAGUUGUAUGUCCUGACCAUGGACUUGACCGGUGUUUGUGGCGGAAACCACCUCAGCUUUACCUACAGGCAGGUCUCCCGAGUGUGUGGCAACCACUCCUUGUGCUCAGGGAAGGCAGACCUCUGGCUUCUCACAUGACUCUCUCUUUCUACUAGGGAGUCGUGAGUAGCCCAUGGCUAGUAAGAAUGCCUCGUUCCCUCCUGUCGUGACUGGUGUCGCUGUGCACAUGACCCACCUUUGGCCAUGAAGACCUGAGCUGGGUUCUGCUGGCGGCUUGCUGAGAAGCCCUCCCUUUUUCAAGGACAUUGUUGAUCUCGUGAUGCCUGUGACGAAUUUAUCCAGCUUCCAAAUUACCCUUCCCAACAACUACCUGCCUUACAUUGGUUUGGGUGAUAAUAAGGGUCUUAUUGAUAAAGUCACCUUUAAUCUUCCGCAUUCUGAUCACCGUGUGGAAUAUGUUGAGAACGGAAUGAAGGUCUACCAAAUUAAAGAGGCCUCCAGAUGUACUGUUUCAGAGGGAAGAGCAGGGUGGCCGAGGGCAGCUCUCGGUCCAGAUUUGACCUCAUUUGUAUUGGUAUUCAAGGCCUUCUAGGGAAAACUGUAGGGCUUUGGGGAGCUAAUAUUAUGGUUUGGAUGGCAUGAAUUUUUGUGGACCAGAGACUGCCCUGAGGAAGGGGCAUUUGUGACAAACUCCAGUGCAUCUGCGAGGAGCAUGAACAAGCCCCUUGCUUCCAGGGGACGCCUCAUGUUUCCUUGCACUGUUAAACCGACACUGUUUACCUGGCAUCUGCCAAGGAACCGUACACCUUGAAGUCUAACAUCUGGUAUAUAGGUCUCUCUGACUGUAGGUCUUACUGGGGCCCAGAGGGACCAUAAUUUGUACAGAAAUGCUGGGGGGUUAUAAUGGAAUAGGUGAGACUACAGAAAACUA